AAAAGACUGAUCGGUGAUCGCAAGCUUGCGUUAGUCAAACUAGAGAUGACGGCACCGAAAAUUGCUUGUCUUCAUCACCCUUAUUUACUCCCCAAAUCCAGAAAUCGCUGGCCAUUUCUCUCUCCACUGGAUUGGUUUUCUACUGUUUGCAGAUGCGUCAUCUUUGACUUUCAUACCCCGCCGGAGUAUAUUUAUUCACAUCUUCUCUAGUUCUAGAGUCUCUGAGAAAUCGCCGGAAAGAUGGGAAAUCGAAUCAUUUGCAUGUCGAAGAAAGACAAGUACGACAAUGGCGGUGUUAAAACUUCCAGGAGCAGUCGGAAAAUGCUUACGGAAGAGGAAAUUUUGCAUAGACAGGCAUUGUCUAUCGUCGUACAACAGCAUCAGCAGCGGCUUACAUCUCAGAGGUUCGAUAAUGGAUCAAUGUCCCGCCGUAUUGGAUCCGCUACUGGUUCACGGCGCCGUGAUCUUUCUGAGUCGUUCUCGAAUGGAAAACCGCUUUCAGAAUUCUUGGAAUCAAUAAAAGAAAAGAGAAUUGUUUUAGUACAUGGAGAAGGAUUUGGAGCUUGGUGUUGGUACAAAACUAUUGCUCUAUUGGAGGAAUCUGGAUUACUCCCAACAGCAUUGGAUCUUUCUGGAUCUGGAAUCGACUUGACCGAUCCAAACAACAUAACCACCAUGGCUGAUUAUGCGAAACCCUUAAUCAAAUACCUUGAAAACCUUCAAGAGGAUGAUGGAAAGGUUAUUUUAGUUGGUCACAGCAGUGGAGGAGCUUGUAUCUCUUAUGCUCUAGAACAUUUCUCGAACAAAAUCUCGAAAGCAAUUUUUCUUUGCGCUACGAUGGUAUCCAAUGGCCAGAAACCUUUCGAUGUCUUCGCCGAAGAGCUUGGAUCUGCAGAUCUCUUCUUGCAGGAAUCAAAAUUCUUAACUUAUGGGAAUGGCAAAGACAAACCCCCAACUGGAUUAAUGUUUGAAAAAGAACAGUUAAAAGGGUUAUACUUUCAUCAAUCUCCUUCCAAGGAUGUGGCCUUAGCAAUGGUUUCAAUGAGGCCAAUUCCUCUUCAGCCACUGAUGGAGAAAGCUUCUCUAUCGAUAGAAAAUUAUGGGAUUGGCAGGCGGUUUUACAUUCAAACACUAGAGGAUAAUGCACUUUCGGCCGAUGUUCAAGAGAAGAUGGUUAGAGAGAAUCCACCUGAAGGAGUUUUCAAGAUUAAAGGCAGUGAUCAUUGUCCAUUCUUUUCAAAGCCACAAUCUCUGCAUAAAAUUCUUCUUGAAAUUGCUCAAAUUCCAUGAUAAUAAUAACAGGGCACAGUCAGUUUUCGUUUCACUAGCUAGUUUUCGUUUUGAUUAACGUAUAGAAAGAACUUUGCGUUUUUGAUAUAAAUAACAAAGAG